UAAGGCGAAUCACUUUGCCAUUUAUCUGUGUGAGUUUUUUUUUUCCUCCACCGCCUUUCUAUUGAUUUGAAGUACGCUUGCAUGUUUAUGGGGUUGAGGAUUUCUUCGUACCUGGAUUCAGGUUAUGAGAGGUUGUUUCAGGGUAGGUUUUUCUUGUGUUCUUUGAUUUCAUAAUUCUUCAAACUUUGAUAAUAAAAAAAAUGUGUGCAUUCGGUUCAAACCGAACCAUAUUGAACUGAUGUUUUCAUUUUAUUUAACUGAAGCUAAUCGGCUUUAUAAGAAUUUCAAAUGUUUCAAUCUGAGCUGAUCAUUUCAGUUGAUUUUUUCGUUUUAAACUUUUUUUCUUACCCUCAAAACUGAAUUUUACCGGAAAAAAAAAAACUAAAUUUUAUUAUAGCAUAGUUUGAUUUUAGCACAUUAUAAAAAUUAUAGGAGAAAUGCAUGCAACAUAUAGUCAUAUAUGUAGAAAUAAAUUUCAAAAUGCUAAUUAACUGGUAGUGAUUUCCAGCAAUAAAGACCAAAAGAAUAUGGGUGAGCAUUUCUUGUGAAGCUGUCAUAUAUCACUUCAUGCCAAUUUACACCCACAUGACUUAAUUUAUAUGUUCUUUAAAUCUAACUAAAAGCUAAUCAAAGAUCUGGAUGAGAUACAGAUUUUGGACUAUCUCAAUCUUUGUCUAAUUUUUUAAAGAAUUGUGGAAUUCAGCAUUAUAAACCUUGAAAUGCAAGACGACUUGCGUAUCAGUAGACAAAACAAUUACAAGCAUUUGAUAACUCUAUUUAUUAAAAUUUUCCAAUCGUCAAAUAAUAUACACUCAAAAGUUUAAUUUUUCUAAUUAAUUUUUUUUUUCUCCGUAACCAAUUACAAGCAACAUUUUCUCGAGAAUGUUUUGAACAAAUUUCUUCUAUGGAGAAAUAGACAAUUUCUAUGUUAAUGAUUUUCAGGUUGUCAACGAUCGACUCUAGACCAUUCAAUCAUAUUUUUCAUACUAUAUCAAAUAAUCACUUAAUUUAAAAGCUCAAACUGUUAGGUGAAGUUCUAACGGUAUUUUCGGCUAUCACAUCAUGCAAAAGAGAAGCUACAUUAUCAUUCUUAUUAGCUAAUCCACUUGGGGAAAAGGAAAUGAAAAUAAUAUUAAAUGUAAAGUGUUAUAAUUAGAAGUACAAGUAGUAGAAAUGAAGGACAAUAUUUGAAAAAUAAAGCCAAAUUUUGUGAUGCAAAAAGGGUAAAAAUAGUAGAAGCCGAAGGUUGUCCUAAUUAAAGACAGAUCUCUCACAUAUGCUUAGUUUGAACUCAUACACAUAAUCCAAAGGUGGAGUUCCCACAAACUAGUGUUAUCCACCUGUGUUGCCAUGUAAGCUUUUCUGGUCAUUCUAUUUCUUUUGGUUUAUGAGAGAAGGGUUAUUUCCAUCCCUAAACUUAUGUUGUCAAAUUAAAUAGAUUCAAUUUGAGCAAUUAUGUCCAUAUAGCUCCAGAAGGAAAAGCCAAAAUUAGGUCAAAUAGAUCUAAAUUUGAAUAGACACUUGAUGGUAUUUUAGCCAGAUUGAAUCAUAUUAAACCUAUAAAAAAAAUCUCAAAAUUAAAACUGAACCCACUAAAAUUUUCAAAAAACUUUACAUUGUUAGAGAGACUUUUUUUUUUAGAAGGUUCAAUUAAAAUUUUGAGAUUUUAAUAUGUUUAAUAUGAUUUCACCUGAUUGACAUGUCAUCAAAUUAACUAUCAAGUCAGGUGACACCUAAUAAAAAAAAUAACGGAGUUAAAAAUUUUAAAAAGAGGGACGACCAAGUUCUUAAAUAAAAGUUUAAGGACAAUUAUAAUACAAAUUAAAGUUUUAAGAAUGAUUAUGAGAGAGAAGAUAGUUCAGGGACAAUUAGUGUAAAUCAUCCAAAAGAAUGAGAAAACUUGGAUCUAAUUAACUUGAAAUUAUAAAGUUUAGAAUCUAUUUGAUCUCAAUAGCAAACAGUAGACCUGAUUAAUUCAGACACAUAAAUUUAUACUAACCGAAAUGACCCUUUUUCGCUUUUUUAAUAACUUUGCACACUUUUGCCACCCUAUAAGAAUGAACAUAACUCACUGAUACGGCCAGUACAACAAACAAUAAUGGCUAGUAAAGUGGGAUCUAAUAUUCAAGGACAAAGUCUGCGUAAAGGGCCUUGGCAUGAGGAAGAAGAUGAGCAAUUAGUCACAUUUAUAACCAUUUUCGGAGAUAGAAAAUGGGACUUCGUUGCAUCUGCUUCUGGCCUAAAAAGGAGCGGCAAGAGUUGCAGACUGCGAUGGCUGAACUAUCUUCGUCCUAAUCUAAAGCGCGGUCACAUUAGUCCUGAAGAAGAACAGAUUAUUAUCCAACUUCAUGAGCUAUGGGGUAACAAGUGGGCGAAAAUUGCUCGAAGAUUGCCCGGAAGAACUGAUAAUGAGAUAAAGAACUAUUGGAGAUGUCAUUUAAGAAAGAAAAUAGAAGCUCAAGAAGGAAGUUAUCAGUGCAAAGUGAACAAUACAAAGAAAGAUUUGCUGUAUCAGAAAAGUGAUACGAGUUCCUGGAAUUCAAACAUGGAAGAAGAAGAAGAAGAAGACUUUAAAUCCGUGAAAGAAAUGGAUAAGAAUUACAACUCGGGGACUACAGAUUCUACCUUGGAGCGAUACGAGUUUUCAGGUUUAACAUGCUUAAAUUCACCAUACGAAUCCAGGAUUUAUGAUUGGAUUUCAGAACUAUCAAGUGAGCAAAAUGGAAUCAAAAGUGAUGGUGAUUGUGGUGGCUUUGGUAACUGUUCUUGUUAUCUCAUGAAAUGGAAUGCUGAAGAUCUUAGCAUUUGGGAUUCCUUAGGCUCAGUUUGGGAUAUGAAUUAACUAUUGAAGCAUUUUCUUUGAUGUGAUAACUGUAAAAUAGAGAUGUUCUUAGCUAAAUGCUAAAUAGCAGCUUGUACAAAUUAAACUGUUCUUUU